AUGAGGCGAGGUAAGAGCGGCGUGGGCCGUGGAGGUCCCGUGGGCCGUGGAGGCCCCGUGGGCCGUGGAGGUCCCGUGGGCCGUGGAGGUCCCGUGGGCCGUGGAGGUCCCGUGGGCCGUGGAGGUCCCGUGGGCCGUGGAGGUCCCGUGGGCCGUGGAGGUCCCGUGGGCCGUGGAGGCCCCGUGGGCCGUGGAGGUCCCGUGGGCCGUGGAGGUCCCGUGGGCCGUGGAGGUCCCGUGGGCCGUGGAGGUCCCGUGGGCCGUGGAGGCCCCGUGGGCCGUGGAGGUCCCGUGGGCCGUGGAGGUCCCGUGGGCCGUGGAGGUCCCGUGGGCCGUGGAGGUCCCGUCACUCCCGCACGCUCAACACGUCAUCCUGAGGCGAGACUGUGGAGCAUGUUCAGGUGGUACUACCGUGGACAUCUCGCCUGA